AUGGGCUCACGCUACCUUUUACGGAUAUGUUAUGAUGGAUCUCGAUUUACUGAGAUGGCUAAAAAUCCUAACAGAACUAGUGUUAUAAGUACACUUGAAAAAGUAAUUUCAAGUAUAGCAUUCAAUGGCCAUUCAUCUGAAGUUUUUUGUUCACCAAGCAGCAGAACCGAUGCCGGAGUUCAUGCUCUUAAUAAUGCAGUUUUAUUGCGGCUUCCUCAAAGCAAAGAUUUGGUUUCUAAUAAAGAAGAAUUUUUGAAUGAGUAUUGUCAUAGAGUAGCUUUAGGAUUUAGUUGUAGACAACAUGUUAGUUAUCGAAUUUACACCUAUAGGCUUGCUAUAGCAAAAAAUUUUGACAUUUUUUAUAAUCGUAAAAAAUUUCCAUCAUUAGUAUGUUCAACAGAAAGAGAUUAUUCAUGGAUAUUACCACCUGGUUUUAAUACAGGCAAAGCUCAAGAAGCAUGUAAUAUGUUAAAAGGCGUUCAUAAUAUGGCGAGUUUUUUUAAACAUAGUUGUAGAGAUAGAAAUGAAAUUUUAGCUUCAGUUGGUAUUGGAAAAGCAAAAGUUUUAGACAAUAAUUUUUAUGAUUAUGUUAAUAUUUCUAUUGUUUCUAGAUCUUUUGUAAGACAGCAAAUUCGAAGAAUGUUAUCACUUAUUGUUGAAUAUAGUUAUGGUAAAAUAAAUACGUCUACUAUCAAAUAUUUUUUGAAUAAUCCCAACCCAUCAAAUUUUUAUAAAUUAAAAGUUUGUGUUGCACCUCCAAAUGGAUUAUUUUUAACAGAUGUUGUUUAUGAUCCUCGAAUGUUUACACAACCUAUUCCUUAUUGUAUAAGUCCUUGGGAUCCCCGUAAAGGUGAAGAAGAGUUAGAUGAUUUGAUUCUGAAAGAUCCUUAA